AUGUUUCUUCCCUUGUUCUGCGUGGGCCUGGCCGCCCUCGCAUCCAUCCCUUGGACUGCUGCCCAGUCAACUCACCCUGUGGUGGGAGUCAGCUCCGGGAUCAACCCAGGCACGGGAGAGACACCUGCCAGGAGGAAUAUCAAUGACAUCUAUAGGGAAGCUGGUCCAGAAUGGGACCUACUCGUAGGAGCUCUCUCCGCCAUGCAAGCCGCCAACGAGACCCAUCCCCUGUCAUAUUUCCAGAUCAUGGGAAUCCAUGGACAGCCGAUUAUGGCGUGGCCUGGCGGUGGUCCUCAGCAGGGAGGUACCCGUGGAUAUUGCCCGCACAAUGAACCUUUGUUUGGCACCUGGCAUCGCGGCUACCUCGCACUUUAUGAGCAAGUGCUCGUUGCACAGGCGCAAAGAAUUGCAGAAGGCUACCCCCCCAACGUGAGAGGAGAAUAUCGAGAGGCUGCCGACCGCCUUCGUGUCCCAUACUGGGACUGGGCAGCCGAUUCCAAUGUUCCGCCUGCAACAACUCCGCCAACCGUCACUAUCCGCCGACCCGUCAACGGCUCCUUGACGGCCCUGCCUGUCCGGAAUCCCCUGGCCAGCUACACCUAUCCACGAUCCGCGCAGAACGGAGAGUUUGGUCGGUUUAUCGGUGUCGGGAGAACAGAACGAUGCACACAGGAGGGCAGAAGCUAUCCCGAAUCGGCCAACGAGGCCAUGGCCCAACAGGGGCUUCGAGAACGAGUCUAUACCUCACUGACCAGGGCCCGAAGCUGGUCAGAGAUCAGUUCGACAUCAGUCGGACCCAACAGCAUUGAAGGUCCUCAUGGGAACGUCCAUCUCCACGCAGCCUGCGGAAACGAUUUUCUAGGGGUUGAAACGGCAGGAUUUGAUCCUCUUUUUAUGCUUCACCACUGCAAUGUUGAUAGGCUCCUCGCAUACUGGCAAACUCUCAACUAUGAAAACGCCAGCGUAGAAUUCGAAUAUCAGACACGCGGGCUUUUCGCCACACCGCGAGGAACGACCGUAACGGAAAGGUCCCCCCUAGUGCCAUUCGAAGGGCCCGACGGCCCCCUGAACAGCGAGGACUUCGCCAGUGCCCGGGGCUGGGGCUAUACGUACGAGCCCCUGCGCCACUGGGACCAGAGCCCACCCCAGCUCAGGACUGCGGUCACCAGGACAAUCAACGAACUCUACGGCCCUGUCCCUUCGAGAAACUCCCCGAGCGGCGGCAUGCUAUCGAGGUUCAGGGGCGGAGCGAAACGAGACUACUUCGCCACGGUCGAGGUCGAGAGGUCCGAACUCGACUUGCCUGCCGUGUUGAACCUGUUCGUUCGCGGACGCCAUGCCGGCACGGUCGCCUUGCUCGGCAUGCCGGCCGAGGGCGUCAGUUACGACGAAAUCCCACUGCAGCGAGCCAUCUCUCUGGCUGGGCUGGCUGAUCUCGACCAAGAAGAUCUCCUCUACGCCUUGACGAAGGACCUACAGAUCCAAAUCACGAAGCCCGAUGGAACCAUCAUCCCUGUAGAGAGCGUCCCGAGCCUCAAAGUCGACGUCGAAAACGUGGAUGUCAUGCUUCCCACCAGCAUGGACGAGCUUCCCCUCUACGGUGAACCGCACAGUCGACGUGUGAGACUUAGGGUUCUGGGUCUGGAUUUGGGACUUAGUCUCAAACUUCCCUUUUGA